GGUUGAAGUUCAAACUGAGCACCAAGGUCAUGGGCGCCACCAGGAGACCUGACGGCAAGAUCGAUGUGGCUGUGGAAGCUGCAGCUGGUGGCAAGAACGAAACGCUCACCUGUGACGUUCUGCUGGUGUGCAUUGGCCGCCGUCCCUUCACCAGUAACCUUGGCCUUGAGGCUGUCGGUAUCGAACUGGAUAACCGUGGGAGAAUCCCUGUCAGUGGCCGUUUCCAGACCAAAGUGCCCAAUAUCUAUGCCAUCGGAGAUGUUGUAGCUGGACCCAUGUUGGCCCAUAAAGCAGAAGAUGAAGGUAUCAUUUGUGUCGAGGGAAUGGCAGGAGGAGCCGUCCAUAUCGACUACAACUGUGUGCCCUCCGUUAUAUACACACACCCUGAAGUCGCCUGGGUCGGCAAGACUGAGGAACAGCUUAAAGAGGAAGUGAGUAGACUCCUUUUUAUUUUAGCACACCUUUCUAUUUAA